CGUCGCUUCAUAAUCCUAUCAGUGAGUACGCUUCUUUAACCGUCGAUCUCUUUUCGCCACAUACUUUUUUUAAUUUAAAAAAAAGAAAUCGAAAAGCAAAAGAAAAGAAAGACAAGUGAGACAAGAUGAUAUCCGUGCCGCUGGCGUUGGUAGUUUUGGCGGCGUUGGCGAACGCCCAAUCAGCGAUAAACGAGGUUCGGCCACAAAGUAACAGACCAGGAAGAUUCUUGUCUCUUCCUGUACCGCAGAAAUGUGCAAAUCGACCAAAAGAAUUCAACUACAGAGGACACAAUUACUUCUACAGCGGGCACGUUCCAGCGCACGCGAACCAGAGGGUAGAUUGGUUGGACGCUAGAAACAUUUGCAGAGAGUACUGUAUGGAUCUCAUAUCGAUGGAGUCGCAGGAUGAGAACAAUUUAAUCUUCAGACUCAUUCAACAAAAUGAUGUACCUUACAUCUGGACAUCGGGACGGCUGUGCGACUUCAAGGGCUGCGAAAACCGCCGUGAUCUAGAACCUAAAGCUGUUUACGGAUGGUUCUGGUCAGCGAACAGGAAGAAGAUGGCACCGACGAAUCAGGUUCCCGAGGGUUGGUCUUUUAAUCCUUGGUCGCAGACCGGUCACAAGAGGGUCAAACAACCGGACAACGCUGAGUUCGAUAUAAACGGCACCAACGAAUCCUGCUUGUCCGUUUUGAACAACGUUUACAAGGACGGUAUCAGCUGGCACGACGUAGCCUGCUACCAUCAGAAACCUUUCGUCUGCGAGGACUCUGAGGAGCUUUUGAGCUACGUGGCCAGUACCAAUCCCGGUAUCCGCCUUUAAAGCUACUCGUGGACGAAUCCGCGUCAUCAGCACCUGUCUUAUCCGUUUCCUUUGCAGUUCACACGAGACACCGAAUUAAGUAACAGAAAAGAGCGUGAAAAUCUAAUUGUUCGAUUCCUACUAUUUAUAUGUAAAUUGAUUGAUUCAAAAGUUUAAUUUAUUGAACGAACGAUGCAAUAAUCUAACAUACUUUCAUCAAAAUGAUAUAAAUGAGAAAAUCGAAGUUGUCUUAUUAUAAUGGUCGUGUGUGUACAUGUUAUACAUGUAUCAAAAUUGAAUAUUAAAUGCGAAGUAAUAUAA